GACAUCAAUCUACCCGGCGAACGUUUGCACGGUUUUAUGGAAAUUAUUUUACAAUUAUUAUAAAAUGAGUUCCAUAGGCACUGGGUAUGAUUUGUCAGCAUCACAAUUUUCACCAGAUGGCAGAGUAUUCCAAGUAGAAUAUGCAAUCAAAGCUGUAGAAAACAGCAGCACUGCAAUUGCAAUCAGGGGCAAGGAUGGAGUUGUAUUUGCUGUUGAAAAUCUCAUCCUGUCAAAGUUGUAUGAGAAAGGAACUAACAAACGUAUACACAACCUAGAUUCACACAUAGGAAUGGCAAUGGCUGGUCUACUGUCUGAUGGCAGGAGCCUUGUAGACGUGGCACGCACUGAGGCCUCGAACUACAGGAUGGAUUAUGGUUCAUCCAUCCCACUGAAGACGAUGGCAGAUAGAAUGUCAAUGUACAUGCAUGCCUACACUCUAUACAGCGCUGUCCGUCCCUAUGGUUGCAGUAUCGUAAUUGGUUCAUAUGAGGAUGGGAACCCACAGAUGUACAUGGUUGAUCCAUCUGGAGUUGCUAUGGGAUAUUAUGGUAUUGCAAUUGGAAAGGCGAGACAAGCAGCAAAAACGGAGAUUGAAAAACUGAAGAUGACGGAAAUGACUUGCAGAGAGCUAGUGAAAGAAGCUGCAAAAAUGUUAGUCGAGAUUUUAACACUCGCUUUUUUAUUUGUCAUACACGUAGUUCACGAUGAAGUAAAGGAUAAAGCAUUUGAAUUGGAACUAAGUUGGGUUGGUGAAAUGACUGGAGGAAAGCAUGAGCGUGUGCCAGAUGACCUUAGAGCAGAGGCUGAGAAAUACGCCAAGGAGGCUUUGGCAGAGUCAGACGAAUCUGAAGAUGAGGACAUGUGAGGAUUUCUCCAGAUACUGAUGUAUACUUUAGUUAUGUUCUUAUUGUCGUAUGCUAGCCUGAAAUCUUCACGCAAACAUGCAAAUGUGUGCGAAUAUGAUUUGUAUUAUAAUAAUGUCGUGUCACAAAAUUGUGUGUUGGCGUUUCCUAUGUAAUAAAUUACUAUCAGUGAUG